AUGAAUAAACAGGUAAGAAGGAUCGACACUUCGAAGAAAACAAAAUGUUCGUGUCUGACAAACAGCGUAUCCAAUGUAAUUGGUCGACUUGGUGUAAUAAUUAGUCGAUAUCCCCUCUAUUUUGUCAUUGUUCCUGUCAUUCUCUCCGGUUUAUUAUCAAUCGGACUUAUCAAAAUUCAAACCAAUGACGACACCGAUUUUCUCUUAACUGCAGACAGGGGCAAAUAUUUUGAUGCCAAACAGUUUAUAGAUAAGACAUUCCAUACCGAUUCAGAUCAGGUUGUAAAAAAUACCACAGCUUUUGUAGAUGGAAAGAAUAUUGCUUACUCGGAUGUGUGCAAUAGUGUAGACGGCAAGUGUUCAGAAAAUACUCUCAUUGAUCUGCUAAACAACUCCGAAAAUACUAUUCAUGAAAUAUUAAAAAUGAAGUAUCCCGUUAAUAUGGAUCCUGUAACAUACGCGUACAAAAUCCUUUGUUCGAAUUUAGGAGGGGUGACGACAGACGACAAAGGAUACAUAAUUGAAGCAAAAGCCGUUCGUUUAAUGUAUCCGACAGACGAAUUGAAUGCAAGUAAGAAGCUGUGGAAUGAAGAAUGGAAAAAAGCAGUUUACAACAAGUUAAGAGAUUAUACUUUCGAGCAUAUUAAAACAUUUCCUGAACCAAUCGAGUCUUCCAUUUCUGAACUAAAACGCAUUUCACAGGAAUUAGUGUCUUUGAUUAGCGUGGCUGUGGUCGUCGUUGCUAUUUUCUCCAUGGUGACGAAUAUGACUAACAAUUGGGUAAAAUCUAAACCCUGGUUAGGCGUAGCUAGUGUCGUGUCCGCCGGUUUGGCUGUAGCCACGACGUUUGGUUUAUUAUCCGCCUGUGGAGUAGCAAAUCUUAGGUGGAACGUCACCCUUCCUUUCAUGAUUCUUGCUACGGAAGUGGACGACUCGUUUGUCGUAUUGGCUUGUUGGAAGGUGACAGACUGCAGUGACAGCGUGGAAAAGCGAAUGGAACAGACGUAUCGCAACGCUGCAGUGUCCAUCACCAUAACGUCUCUAACGAAUUUCUUCGCCUAUUGCAUUGCCAUGACGUCACCAUUUCCGGGUAUUAGAAUAUUCUGUUUGUAUGCUGCAACGUGCAUCUUCUUCAGUUAUUUCUUUCAGUUAUUAUUUUUCGGCGGAUGUCUAGCAUUAAGUGGAUACAGAGAAGAGAAGGGUCUUCAUCCUUUCACAUUUAAAUCAGCUUUUGAUUUUUUAAUAAUAGUUUAA